AACGUGACACAUAACAGCCCGUUACUCUGUUAUUGUCAGUAAAAAAACUUGUAUGUUCUUGGAAAUUUUAUUAUUUGUUAAUUUAUUUAGUUUUAAUAGUUUAUAAAAUAUGCCGAGUGAAAUAAUAACUUUACAAUUGGGUCAAUGUGGGAAUCAAAUUGGCUUUGAAUUCUGGAAACGUUUAUGUCUCGAACAUGGAAUCUCACCUAAUGGCGUGUUAGAGGACUUCGCCAGUGAUGGCUUGGAUAGAAAAGAUGUAUUCUUCUAUCAAGCUGAUGACAAUCAUUAUAUUCCAAGAUCGGUUUUAUUGGACUUAGAGCCGAGAGUCAUUCACAAUAUCAUGAGUUCUCCAUAUGCCAAGCUUUAUAAUCCAGAGAAUGUAUUUCUCUCAAAACAUGGUGGUGGAGCUGGCAACAAUUGGGCUUCUGGCUAUAGCCAAGGUGAAAAACUACACGAGGAAGUAUUCGAUAUAAUUGAUCGUGAAGCUGAAGGUAGUGACAGUUUAGAGGGAUUUGUGCUCUGUCAUUCGAUUGCUGGUGGAACUGGUUCGGGAAUGGGAUCGUAUAUUAUGGAACGAUUAGCUGAUCGUUUCCCGAAAAAACUACUUCAGACCUACAGUGUUUUUCCUAAUCAGGACGAGAUCAGUGACGUCGUUGUGCAGCCGUAUAAUUCAAUGUUGACAUUGAAACGAUUGACCAAGAGUGCUGAUUGUGUUGUCGUGUUGGAUAAUACAGCGUUGAAUAGAAUUGCCACUGAUCGAUUGCACAUUGAAAAUCCGAGCUUUACUCAGAUCAAUACAUUGGUUUCGACGAUUAUGUCAGUGAGCACGACAACAUUGCGCUAUCCGUCGUAUAUGAACAACAACAUGAUCGGUCUGACUGCACCGCUUAUUCCUACACCUCAAUUGCACUUCUUGAUGACCGGGUAUACUCCUCUGACCACAGAGCAUGAUCAAACUAUAAACGUCCGCAAGACAACAGUGCUUGAUGUGAUGAGGCGUCUGCUUCAGCCGAAAAACAUGAUGGUGUCAAUGGGACCGGAUAAGACGAAUCAUCAUUGUUAUAUAUCGAUUUUAAAUAUAAUUCAGGGUGAAGUUGAUCCGACACAGGUGCAUAAAUCCCUCCAACGCAUUCGUGAACGUAAAUUAGCUCAAUUUAUACCAUGGGGACCGGCAAGUAUACAAGUAGCACUUUCGCGCAGUAGUCCCUAUGUUCAAAGCAGUCACAAGGUAUCCGGUUUGAUGUUGGCCAAUCAUACCGGAAUAAGUUCACUUUUCAAUCGAUCAUUGAGUCAAUAUGACAAACUAAAGAAACGUGGAGCUUUCUUGGAUCAAUUCAAACGUGAGGAUAUGUUCAAAGAUGAUCUAGCUGAGCUGGAUUUAUCCAGAGAUUUUGUCAAUAAUUUAGCUCUGGAGUAUGAAGCUGCUACACAAGCUAAUUAUUUGAAUUUUAAUUAAAUAUAAUUAUUUUUUGUUGGAAAAUUAAAAUAAAAAGAGACAGUCUAAGUCCGACAUUAUGAACUUUCCCAAUAAACUGUCACUUAAAACCGAUUAAAAACUUAUUUAAUUUAGUAUAGAUCGAUGACUGCACUAUCGAAAGCUAUAUAAUUCUAUCAAAGAAUCAAACCGUGAAGGCGUUCUUUUUCCAUUCUCUCCAUCUGGCCACAGGCAACCUGUCAUAGCCAUAUAACCCAUAACUAUGGUAACGUACAUUAGAUACGUGGUUUUAAAUAAUCGAUUGGUUUGGUAUUUUUUAGUAGGUUGUUAAAUUUUUCGCUGUUGACUUUAUAAAUAUAAAUAAAUAAGAAAAAAGAAAAAAAUAUGUAAUUCACAGUAUCUAGCGAUAUUAAAUUAAAUUCGAACGCCUUUUUAUGCGCAAGCAGCAAGUUGUAAUAAAUCAGUAAACUGUUAAUAAAUAUAAAUUGCAUUGGAAUAACACCUACUUACUUAUUUUUAUUUCUUGACUGAGUAUUUCGAUAGACGAUAUGUUAUUGGAAAUAGUAAGAUUAAACUUUGCCAUAUUUAAUGUGUCCAAAUACAAUUUUGUCCUUAAAAGUAUGUUCCUUGGAACCAACAGAGCAGUUAGCAGGUUCCA